AUGAGCAGAAUUAUAUUUCUUUUGGUGUUUUGUUUUCAUCUAACCUUAGGCAAUCUUGUGAACAAUGUACGCCUUGUCGAACCCAUUCCAUAUAUGAUCAACGUUAUCACAGAGACCGUUCAACGAGUCGAGGACAUGGAAUGGUGCAAUCUGAAAAUACCCGAUUCCUCCGUUGAUUUGUAUGAAAUUGUAUUCGGCGAGUACAUCAAAGGGACAGUGGCGUACAAGAAUGGUUUUGUAGUAUCAAUAAGGCACUUAGAUAUACUACAAAAUAGCUUGGGCCAAGUCUGGAGGUUCCAUAGAGACAGGAAUACUACUACGGUCGAGAUAACAGGCACUUUGCGGAUGAGCGAUGUGACCCUUGGCUUCGAUGUGGAGGCAGCCUUGACUGGAGGUGUCCAGCGCUAUACGGCUGAGCUUGUCGUGCCCACAAUAUCGUUUGAUAUGAGAGUACGGAUAGAAGCAAAUGUCGACAAGUUACAUAUGGUCACGAUCCUCAUUAGUGAGGGAACGACGAAGAAGGAGAAGUAUCGAGCAGUUCUUGAGAUCAUUAUCAGCACCAUCAUACCUUUACCCCACAGCGAUUGGUGGCAUCAGCGGAACAUGUGCAUCAAGUCCAGACUUGGUGUGGCAGCUGUCAUUAGAGAUAUGUUCACAGACGUGAUCAACGUGACAGUUACGCCUACGGUCGCAAGGACGGUCAAUAAGAUGGUUUUCAUGAGAACUAAUCCCUUAACAGAUGUCUAUGCUAAUCUGUACGAUAUAAAUUUAGUAACGGCUGGUGUUACGUUAUGGGCUUCGGAGUUCCUACAACCGUUUGCCUCUAACGUCGUCGAGAACGUGUUCCCGUAUCCGAAUAUUUGUUACAACUGUCCAGUG